UGUUCUAAGUUAAACAUGUUGCUAAACAUGUUGCAUCUUCAAGCUCUGGUCUAUGCGACCAUCUUCUUUAUAAUCACUCACAUUCUCUUUCGGUCGGUUUUCUUGACAUCCAAUCAGAAACAGAAGUUGCCUCCAGGUCCAAAAGGGUGGCCGGUUAUCGGUUGCUUGCCGCUUGUAGGGAGCAUGCCCCAUGUUUCACUGGCCCAAAUGGCCGAAAAAUAUGGACCUAUCAUGUUUUUAAAGAUGGGUACUUGUGGUAUGGUCGUGGUGUCCAAGCCGAAUUCAGCUCGAGCUUUUUUGAAAACUUUGGACGAAAACUUCUCUAAUCGUCCAUUGACUGCCAAUGCAAAAUACAUCACCUAUGGUGGGCAAGAUUCUGUGACGGCCAUGGAAUCUGGGACACGGUGGAAGUUGCUGAAGAAGUUGAGUAACCUGCACAUGCUGGGGGCAACAUCUUUCAAAGAUUGGAGUCCAACAAGGGCCAUGGAGGUUCGGCAAAUGGUGCAAGAGAUGCACAAAAUGGGCCAGCAAGGUCAACCCAUAGCAGUGAUGGAAAUGGUAUUUUGUGCCAUGGCAAACAUGAUCACUCAAAAGAGUUUGAACCGCCGUGUGUUUGGAAAGCAAGGAUCAGAGGGCAACUCUAUGAAGGAUAUGAUAAUUGAGCUAAUGAGGUUGGCGGGUUUGUUUAAUAUUGGGGAUUUCAUACCCUCUAUUGCAUGGCUGGACAUACAAGGCACUGAAGGUCAAAUGAAGCGGCAUCACAAAAAGUUUGAUGCUUUGUUAACAAAAAUGUUGGAGGAGCAUGAGCAAACGGCCCAUCUUCGAACCCGAAAUCCAGACUUUAUUGAUGUUGUAAUGGCGAACCGGGAGUGCGAUGAUGGUUCAAAGCACACUUUCACCAACAUUAAAGCGCUUCUCUUGAACUUGUUUAUUGCCAGCACCGAUACAUCAGCGAUCACAAUCGUGUGGGCACUAUCCGAGUUGUUAAACAACCGUCAAAUUUUGGAUCGUCUGCAUGCAGAAAUGGACCAAGUGAUCGGAAAGAAGCGGCUGGUAGAAGAGUCAGACAUAGCAAAGCUGCCAUACCUGCAGGCAGUAUGCAAGGAAACAUUUCGGAUGCACCCACCACUGCCGCUGAACCUCCCAAGGGUCUCACAAGAGGCUUGUGAGGUGGAGGGAUACCACAUACCCAAAAACACGAGGCUGUUGGUUAAUGUAUGGGCCAUCGGACGCGACCCUGAUGUGUGGGAUGAUCCGCUGCAGUUCAAACCUGUGAGGUUUUUGAUAGAAGAAGAGAAUAAUAAUAAUAAGGGAGCAAGAAUAAUAGAACCUUGGGGGAAUGAAUUCGAACUGAUACCAUUUGGAUCUGGAAGAAGAAUGUGUGCUGGCAUACGAAUGGGAAUUGCACUCGUUGAGUGCAUCUUGGACACACUCGUGCACGCAUUUGAGUGGCACCUCCCAGGUGGCACUCAACUUAAUAUGGACGAGAAGUUCGGCCUGGUCCUCCAGAGAGCUGACCCACUGGUGGCAGGCGUUGUGCCACGCUUGCAACCAUGUGCCUAUGACCUAACAAAUUAGCGUCGAAUCCUUUGUUUCUAAGCUAUGCUCUCUUUUUUCCUUUUUGUGUUCCAAGUCUCUUAUCCUUUCUAUCAAAUCAGUAGCAAUA